UACUGAUUCAAGAGCCCGCUUCUUUUGCUGCUGCUGUUAGUGUUGCUGUUGCUGCUGAAGCCGCUGGCUCUUGGGAGGGGCUGGCUGGAGAGAGAGGGGGCGGGGCCUCGCCCUCCCCACCCAAGGAGUUUAAAAACUGAGACGGACGCAGCUGACCAAGGUUUAUUGUAAACUGUUUACAACAGCUAUGACACCAGCUCUCCAAGAGAAAGCAAUGAAAGGUCAUGGUAUCUACUUAUCACCUUCUUUGUCUUCAGGAGCUAUGGAAUCCAGUGAAACCCUAGGAAUGGGAAGUGCCAGGCCAGUAAAAGAGAAGAUGAAGGAUGGUUCUAUUUCAAAGAUUACUUGCUCUGUGUUGGGACUUCCCACGCUUCAGGCUAACCAUAACACUGAUUGUUUUAAUUUAAAGUACUUUGAUUCUCAGUCUUCAAAAGAUUAUCCUUUACUUAUGAACCCCAGUUCACCUUUCAGUGUAAAUAAUAAAAAUUGUACACCAAGGAACGCUGAAGAACAUAAUUGCUCCAAGAUGACAAAUCCUUUAGGUGACAGUGUGAAUAAAAACUCCAGCCAGGUUAUUAAUUCAGAAUCUGGGGAACGGGUCAGAGGGGAAGCUUUAUCAAGCGCAGCAGAGAACAUACCAGAUAUGGGGAGACUGUUGGAUUCACAUUUAACUGAAUCUAGUAAUGAAGAAGAGAAGCAGCUUCCUAAUUGUAAGCUAUAUCGUAAGAAUGGCUUUUUGGGGAAGGCCUUAUUUGUAAAUUCUGAGACAAAAAAAGGAGAUUUAUUGCAUCAAGUGCACCAUGAUGUCCUGGAAGCAACAAUGAACUGUAGUCCCAGUAGCAAAGCACAGGAAUUGAAUUUUCGCUUACUUGAGUGUGUAAACAAGCAACAGAUCUUGCUCAACCGAGCCAAAAGAACUCAAAAACAUUUGCAAAUUAUUUUGGCAAAGCAUGUUGUUAAACACUGUGACCAGCAAAUGAAAUGCUUUGUGAGACAUCAGCUACAGAGAAUGAAAACUUUUCACGAUCCAAACAAUAUUCUAGGUAGCAACGAUUACAGAUGCACUGCAAUUAAAAUGGAAAGCUUGAAUCCAGACACUAAUGUGAUUAAAGAUACGCAACAUGAUACUGGUGAAAUCAAGGUGUUUGCUCAUUCUACAGCGGGAGUGUUAUCAGAGAUGGAAGAGAGUUUAGAUUCUGAGGCCACUUGUAGCAGCUCAAGUGAAGACGAUGAUGAUCAGGUUUCCAGAAAAGUUAUGACAGUUAACUAUAGAUCUGACUGGAAAUGGCUGAUAGAAAGAGCUAAAGUUGGCUGCCGUUGGACAUGGCUUCAAGCCCAGAUUUCAGAGCUAGAGUACAAAAUUCAACAACUCACUGACCUUCACAGGCAGAUUCGUGCCACCAAGGGGAUGGUAGCCUUAGAAGAAUUUUCAGUUCCAAAAGAUAUUCUGAAGAAGCAGACAGAUCAAGAAGCUUUAUUAAACACCACAGGGAAUUCCCAAGCUUCCCUUGAGAGACAGGAUGCAUGGCCGGAACAUGAUUUUGAAACGUCACCCAGCAGCCCAACUCUGCUUCUCCGUAACAUAGAAAAACAGAGUGCUGAGCUGAGUGAAAUAAUCAGCAGUCUCAUUGCUCCUCUUAAUCUGUCUCCCACAUCCUCCCCUCUCUCCCCAAAAGCAUGUAAGCAGAAAGAGUUGGUCAAUGGCAUAUCUUUAAGAGAUCCCAAGAACAAUGAAGCCAUUUCAGCUUCCAGUAACUGGUUGAUUGACCAACAACACUUGAAGAAAAGAAGGAAAGAUAAGACAAAGCUGAGAACAACACCUGCUGCAGUGAUGACUACAUCUGCUCGCACUAGACCACUUCAGAGUUUCCAAAGGAGAAAACUCUACAAAAUGAGUACUGCUUUCGCUUUGAACCAACAGGUGCAAAACAUGCAGUUGGAAGACAGAUUGUUUAACACGGAAGAGGUGCUUCCAGCCUCCACACGGAAUAGUUAUGAGUUGAGCAUGAAAUCCAGGACACAAAAACAAUUACUGUUAGAACUGGAUGCUUCAUUCCAUCCUGUCUUAUCAUUUCCUUCAGAUAGCCCUCUUCAUGUACAUUUUAGGAGAUUGCUCAAGAAGUAUGAGAUCAAAGGUGAUCCCUUUGAAACGUCUGCCCUUGGUUUAGAGUUUAAAACGUCUCCUUCCAGUGACUAUUACCAGUAUAAAGCACCUCUUCGACAGUGGAAAUGUGGGUAUGAAUCCAGUUCCAAACAUCAUGCUUUGUCAGAAAUAUCUGAACAGCUUCCAGAAGGAAAGAAGAAAAGACAUUUGAGUGAAACAAUGACAGGACAAAGUAACAAUAGAUUUGAAGCAUUUUCUUCUCACCAUGAAGAACAGGAAUCCCAUAAUAAUUUCACAGGAGCAACCAUUGGUGACAUGAUGUCUAGAUCAAACCACAUUAACUCAACACAGCUUAAUUCAAGACGGAGGCUGAGAAGUGAGAGCUCCUAUGAUAUAGAUAAUAUUGUCAUCCCUAUGUCACUGGUUGCACCAUCUAAGUUGGAGAAACUGCAGUAUAAAGAAAUUCUUACUCCAAGUUGGAGAACCGUUAUGCUGAAGCCUUUGAAAAGUCUACAUGAAGAUGAAGAAAAGGCAGAAGAUCUGUCUGAUGACGUCUAUGUUGCGCGACAUGCAAAAUAUGAAGACAAAGAGAGAGCUCGGUGGUCUCUUUGGGAGCAGUGCCAUUGGCCCAAAAGGAACAGAUCAUGUAGUAGAAGUUCGGAGGGACAAGAUCCAGCACUAAAAGAAAAACUUGUGAAUUUAACACACGAUUUUUCUGAAAACUCUGCUGAUACUGUUUCAGAAAUGCCCAGUUUUUUCUACACAGGAACACCACAGUCUUCAGAAAGAAGCCAAGAAGCCAAGGCUCUACUUUGGGAACGUCGGACUUUUCCACUAAAAGGUAAAGAAGCAGAAGCUUUAAUAUGCCAACCACAGACAACAGUCGAACAAGAAAGUUCAAACGUAGAUAUUCUCAGUGACUCUAACUGUGGUUCAUACAGUGCCUUCGGUUUUCCAAAUUAUAAGCAGACUCAAAAGAAGAAUCCUGACAAUCAGCUGGGAGAAUACAUCCAAGUUUUGGGAUCUGGUAGCAUGAGAAAACAGACGUGACAGAAAAUAGCAUGGUCAUUAUGGAAGCUAAUUAGGAUGAAAGAGAGUGUAAGGUAAAGCAUUUUCAUGCUCAUACAAGAAAUGGCAGCUUGAACUGUAAUAUUUAUACUUACAACCCAUGUUUUGUCUUUUUCCCCCAUUUUCGUUAGGCAGUAUAAAAACCCAAGAGUAGUUUCUUUUUAUCUGAACCCCAAGAAGAAUCUUUGAAUCUGGAAGUCUAACAUCGAUGUCAAAAGUGGACACUCUUAAACUGGAACCACCAUUUGCUGCCAUAUUUUGAAAGACUGGGAGGAUAAGGAUUUUAAGUAUAUGUGUGGUUGCAGUCCAUCUGAAUAGUGUUUUUCCCCUCCACUUUGGCAGUGUACUAAUUUCAACUGGACACAGAAAAGCAAACUAAGAAGCUUUCAUGUGUGAAUGGCACAAGCAUACAAGUACGUUAUUGUAUUUAAGGGACGUGUUUUGCCCAGAGAAGAAUCAACCAUUUAUAAAUUUGAUUAUGUGAAUGCAUAGCUAUUUAGUUUUGUUCCAGAGAGGCCAAAAACGUAACAUGAAUUCAAAUCAGUUUUUUAAAUUAUUUUUUUUCUGUGUUUCACAGUAGAUGCCCUGUGCAUUUUUAAGUGCAAGGAAUAGAAAGGACUGAGAAAUUGUUAUACUUCAUUAGUGAUGCUAUUUUUAGUUAAAAUAAACCAUAUCUUGGUCCUAGACAAAUGGUGCACUGUGUAAUAUUUCAGCAGCAUUCAUUCCAUUCCUUGCAGUACUUAAAAAUGUACAGAAAAAUUAAGGUUUGUUUAAGCGUCAAUGUUACAACAAGCAAUAUUUUAGAUACCAGGAAUAAAGCAGGUUAUUUUCAUAUUCAUUUUCCAAACGCAGUGUUUGUAAUGUUAUCUGCAUCCUCCAGUGAUGCAGGUGUAUGGUAGUACAGAAUUGUAUUUUAUAACAGUAAACAAUUGCCACCCACAUUCAGUGGUGCCAAUUUCAUACGUCUGAUUCCUGCUUUGAAGAGCAUAGCUCUUCUAUGAGGAACUGUUUUAAAGCUUUUAAAAGAAGGCAUAAUUGCUAAGCAAGCUUUUAUUCAGUGUCCUAUCUAAAACUAUGCUAUGCAAUGGGUAAGUAGCCCAAUUUUUAGUAUCCCCUUCAUCCCUAUGGACUGGAAGUACGCUGGAUAUUGUAAAAAUGUUCAGUUGCAUUUCAACACUACAGCCUAUGUUAGAUUGUAGUUUAUUACAAUUUUGUUUUAAACUUUGAAAAAAGAUUUUUGUUCAAAGAAUUAAUUUUGGUUCUUGCCUCCGAUACAGCAAUUUUGAAUGCAAGGUUUUAAAAUUAAAAGUUAUUUCUGUA